AUGAAGAUCCUUCUCCUCGUCUCCAUCGGACUCACUUUCUGUUCGGCUCAACAAGAAGAAGAAGAAGGAGCCGGUGCUACAGUAAUCCCCCCGGCCUCCCUGUGGAAUCUCAGAGGAAUGGCUCAAUGCGUGCUCAAUUAUAGUGCUCUGGUGGGUCCGGAUACUCAGAAACUUCCAGAAAACUGUCAAUUUUCAGUUCAACUACAAUGGAUACGGAUGUUGGUGUGGUUUUGGAGGAUCUGGAGAGCCGGUGGAUGGUAUCGAUGAGUGCUGUAAAGAGCAUGAUGAGUGUUAUGACGCUGCUGUCGCUGAUAAUGUACGUUUUCCGCAGAUUUCAAUGGAAAAUUCGAAAUCCUCUUGAAAAAUCGCUCUGAAAUCCAUUUUCCCACGCCCUUUCGGUGCUGCCGCGUUUCUCGAUGAGCCCAGGAAAGAGUUUUUCAGAUUUGCGGCAAAAUUUCGCCGUACAUCAAAGGAUACACGUGGGAGUGUGACAAGAAGACGUCCGACGCCAUUUGCUCCUGUAAAUUUUCGCUUCGAGACCCUAAAAUUGUACAAUUUUUGCAGCCAAAGACACCGGAUGCAAAGCCUUUCUUUGCGAUUGUGACAAAAAGGCCGUCGACUGCUGGAAACGGUUCCCGAAACCGGAGAAGAAGGCCAAGUGCAUCAAGAAAUAA